AUGCCUCGACUCGAAGCCGGCGACUGGAUCAUGAUCGUCUGCGGUGCCAUAUUCAUCGUCUUAGUCGUCAUUGGUCAAAUUGCUGGAGCGUUAGCUUUUGGAGAAGACAUAUGGAUGGUUGAACCAGAUAAGCUCACGCUCGGGUUGAAGCUCUUCUUCAUCGACGAACCCCUUUACCUAGCCACGAUAACUUUGACUAAGAUAUCAGUACUCAUCUUUUACCUCAGGAUAUUCCCAAACAAGUCCUUUCGAAGGGCAACUUACGCGACUAUCACAUACAUCGUUCUAUCAAUGACGGUGAUCCUAUUUUUACAAAUUUUCCAAUGCACGCCGAUUUGUUUCAACUGGGAUGGUUGGAAAAGAGACUUCGGCACAUAUCACUGCCUGGAUCUCCACAGACUGGUCAAUAUUGCAGGGGGCCUUGGCAUCAGCCACGAUCUUAUUAUUCUCGUCUUGCCUCUUCCGCUGCUGUGGGGAUUGAAUACCUCCAAACGCUCAAAAGUCGGCAUUUCGCUUAUGUUCAGUCUCGGGUUAUUCAUUCUCAUCACUGCCUGUAUCCGGCUUCACUACCUUGCCCCAUUCACGCAUUCACUUAACCCGACCUGGGACUUUACGGAUCCCCUGAUUUGGUCAGGCAUCGAAGCAUCAGUAUCGGUCAUUGUCGUAUGUCUUCCUGCGAUUCGGAUCUUCUUCAAAUACCGCUGGUCCAAGUUAUUCGGUCAAAACGGCACAGUCCGCGGGGGCAUGGCACCCAGAAGAGGUUUGGGUGCGGUACAGCGGAAGGCUCAGGAUACAGAGUCAGCUGAGAGCAAAGAAAACGCAAUAAAUGCGAGAGAUGAAGAGGUUGCGGAGGAAGUGUACGCUACGGAAGUAGCGAGUGUUGUGAGUGCGGAGGACAAGAAAGAUUUUGUCUUCUCUUUUUAG